CAGCACAAAAUGCGCUUGCGGGGCACCAGCGGCUGCUUGGGUGCGUACCGCGGACUAUGCAUGUAUACUGGCGGACGUGUCGUUGGCCUGCUUGCGCUGGCGUGCGGGCGGUGGUCGGUGGUCGUGUGCGGGGGCGGCCGAGGCGAUCGAGAAAAUAAUUUGGGGACAAUCGCGAUCGAGAAUUCGAGGACGGUGCCUGGCGGUGGGCGGGCUCCGGUGGGCGAGGCACGGGCGCGGGCCAAUCAGGUGCGCCAGAACGGCGGGCGCCAAGCGCGGACUGCCCGAAAAGGAGGCCGGCCCAGCGCAGGCAGAUAGUGGACAGCCAGGACAUAUGGAGCCGUUUGGCUGCCAUAGAUAAGCUCCCCCCGCCAUGCCCAUAUCCCUCUGCUCGCCGCCGCCCCUGCGCCCCAUCCGCCCUCUCUCUCCCCGCCAUGAGCGCGUCCAUCGAGAAGCAGGCGUCCGAAAGUUCCCAUGAGCUCAAGAACAAGGACGUCGAGCACUACGUCGAGCCCGUAGGUGUCUCCGAUGCCGUGGUCCCCCGGACCAAGUUCAGAAAGCUUUGGGCGAUCGUCGACAAGCUCGAUGCAUAUGGUGUCGAGGCGCAGGGCAUCGAGCGGGUCCCCCCAGAAGCCCGGCCCCAGAAGUCUGCCCUUGCACCCUUCUGGCUAUGGCUCGCCGCCAACAUGACCACGUCGACGUUCUCUCUCGGAACGCUCGCCAGCUCCAUCUUCUACUUGGGCUUGCGUGAAGCCUGCCUGGUCAUUCUCUUCUUCAACCUGCUUUGUACCAUUCCUGUCGCAUAUUUCUCGACAUGGGGUCCUAAGCUCGGUCUACGACAACUCACGCUCUCCAGGUUUUCUUUCGGGUACCUCACUUCACUCAUCCCCAUCGUCCUGAACUGCAUUGCUUGCGUCGGCUGGUCGGUCGUCAACUCGAUUGUCGGCGCGCAGACACUCCGUGCAGUCAGCGAUUCACAUCAAAUCCCUACGGCCGCGGCAAUUAUCGUUAUUGCGAUCGGCACCAUUGCUGUCAGCUUCAUGGGAUACCGCGUUGUCCACCUGUAUGAGAAGUACUCUUGGAUUCCGGUCGCCAUCAUCUUUAUCAUCUACCUCGGUCAAAUUGCACGGUUCGCGGACGCAGGCCCGUGGGGUGGUACGGGUGCCGUCGAAGCCGGCAACGUACUGUCUUUUGCCGCUGCAGUUGCCGGCUUCGCCCUGGGUUGGACCUCCGUUGCGGCAGAUUACACCGUCCGCAUGCCAGAGGACAUGCCUGCCAUCAAGAUAUUUAUCUGGACGUACAUUGGCCUCAACAUCCCCCUUAUCCUUGUGGAGUGUCUCGGUGCUGCCGCGAUGACGACGCUCAAGGCGAAGACGACCUGGGGUGAUGCUUAUGCUGCUCAAUCCGUCGGUGGCCUGCUCGGUGCAGGCCUGACAGGCCCUAUGGGCGGCUUCGGCCGAUUCCUGCUCGUCAUCCUCUCGCUCUCCAUCAUCGCCAACAACAUCCCGAACAUCUACUCGCUCGCGCUCACCUUCCAGAACAUCCACCCGUACGCGCAGGCGAUCCCGCGUGUGUUCAUUGUCAUCAUCGGCUCCGUCGUGUACAUCGUCCUCGCGAUCGUCGGCGCGAGCCACUUCGAGGAGUGGCUCAACACGCUGCUCACGGUCCUCGCCUAUUGGCUCGCGAUCUUCGUGGCGAUCCUCCUCGAGGAGCACCUCAUCUUCCGGCGCGGCCGCUGGGCGAACUACGAGCCGGACGACUACAACAACUGGCGGAAGCUCCCGCUCGGCGUUGCGUCGUUCGUCGCGCUCGGGUGCGGUAUCGCGGGCGCGGUGUUGGGCAUGGCGCAGACGUGGUAUGUCGGUCAGAUCGCCAGGCAUAUCGGCGACCCGAUUUUUGGAGGUGACAUUGGCUUCGAACUGAGCUUCGCGUUCUCGGCGGUGGUGUACCUGCCGCUGCGGUAUAUCGAGAAGAAGUACUGGGGGUAUUGA